AUGUCGUCCAGUAGGCGCGUGGCGCUGGUGACCGGGGCUAACAAGGACAUCGGCUUCGCCAUCACGCGUGAGCUGUGUCGCAAGUUCUCGGGGGACGUGGUGCUCACCGCGCGGGACGAGGACCGGGGCAAGGAGGCUGUGCAGCAGCUGCAGGAAGAGGGCCUGAGUCCCCGCUUCCACCAGCUGGACAUCGACGACCUGCAGAGCAUCCGUGCCCUGCGCGACUUUCUGCUCCAGGAAUAUGGGGGGCUCGACGUGCUGAUCAAUAAUGCAUACAUCGCCUUCAAGAAUGCUGACCCAACUCCCUUCCACAUUCAAGCAGAAGUGACAAUGAAAACAAACUUUUUUGGUACCCAAGAUGUCUGCACCGAGCUACUCCCUCUAAUAAAACCCCAAGGCAGAGUGGUGAAUAUAUCAAGUAUGGUCAGCCUCAGGGCCCUGGAAAACUGCAGCCCAGAGCUGCAGCAGAAAUUUCGAAGUGACACCAUCACAGAGGAGGAGCUGGCGGAACUCAUGAACAAGUUUGUGGAAGCCACAAAGAGAGGGAUGCAUGAGAUGGAAGGCUGGCCUAAUAGUGCUUAUGCGGUGUCCAAGAUUGGGGUGACAGUCCUGUCCAGAAUCCAUGCCCGGAAACUCAGCCAGCAGAGGAGAGAUGACAAGAUCCUCCUCAAUGCCUGUUGCCCAGGGUGGGUGAGAACAGACUUGACAGGACCAAAAGCCCCCAAGAGCCUAGAAGAAGGAGCAGAGACCCCCGUGUACUUGGCCCUUUUGCCCCCAGAUGCAGAGGGGCCUCAUGGGCAGUUUGUUCAGCAGAAAAAAGUAGAAGAAUGGUGAACUCAACUCUCCCCCCUCCCCACAGCACCCU